ACCUCACCCUUCUUAACAUAUAUAUGUAUAUCGUUUGUGCCUCUACCAUCAUUUUUCAACAAUCAGUAUACAGAAAAUCCCAUAUAGUCCUCUCUGUUUACUCUUCACCGAGAAUUUCUAAAGAGAUUCGAUUUUCAGAACUUUGGUGCAACCUAUGUUGUAAUGACAACACAAGAACCAAACGAGUCGUUAACGUUGGAACUCAUUAGCCCACAGUUUCUUGAAGACUUCACUUUUACAGAGUCAUUUCUUCAAAGCCUUAAUCUUUGUUUCUCCGAUGUCUUCUACGACGAUCAAUUUUCGGGUCCAGAAAAAUUAGCCUCCCCUGCAUCCUUUUCGGAUUCAAAACAACCCAACUCAAUCUUCUCCACCUGCUUUAAAACCGAACCUGAUUUCUUUGAAAUCGAAAUGAAGCCUCAAAUCAUCGAAAACUCCUCACUGGGUGCUCAAGAUUCAGUUUCCAGUACUUCUCCUCCUCCUCCGACGGAACCAGCUAAAACCCACCCGGAAGAAAUUUGUUUCGUUCACGGGUCAGGUGAAAUAACGUCGAGUAUUGAAGCUGGAAGGCGUUACAGAGGAGUCCGGCGGAGGCCAUGGGGGAAGUACUCGGCGGAGAUUCGGGACCCGACCCGGAAAGGGUCUCGGGUAUGGCUGGGGACUUAUGACACUGAUAUUGAUGCAGCUAGAGCUUAUGACUGUGCAGCCUUCAAGAUGAGAGGUUCGAAAGCGAUUUUGAACUUUCCGUCGAAUGCCGGAAAAUCCGACCCGCCGGAAAAAACUGGCCGGAAGAGGAGAAGAGUAGAGACAAAACCGGAUUCCACGAGUCCUGUCUGAAGAUUAAGGCUAGGACAUGUUUGGUUAGAUUUAAAAAGUUUAUGUAUUCACUCAUAAGUAAAUAAAUAAGUUUCAAGAUAAA